AUGGCGUCCGUGUCGUCACUUGAUAAAGACUUGCGCAAGAUGCGCUUAGAGAAAUACACACCUGCUGCAGCGAACGAAGCCCGCUCAUGGAUUGAGGAUAUUUUAGGCGAGAAUCUCCCCUCAUCAGAUCUUCUUGAGGGCCUCAAAGAUGGAGUCGCUUUGUGCAAGCUCGCCAAUCUGGCUCUACCGCCACCAGGCCUCCGAUUCAAGAAGUCCGCCAUGCCUUUUGUACAAAUGGAAAACAUCUCUCUAUUCCUACGCGCAUGCCAAUCACCGCCUUUGAACCUUCAACAACACGAUACAUUUUUAACUGUCGAUUUAUUCGAGCAGAAGGAUCCAGCGCAAGUUCUACAGUGCAUCGGCGCAUUCAGUAGAGCGGCUCAUGCUGCUAACCCUCAGAACUUUCCUGUCUCAAUUGGGCCCAAGAACCGACCGGAAACUGUUACACCACAAGGAACGGGCUCUAGGACCCCUACUUCGACUCGUGACCGUGGUGCAUCUGUGACUAGCAAUAAAUCACCUGCGUUUGGACGCUCUGCUAUGAUGCCUCACAGAACAGGUGACUCUGGCUCGGGAAGAUGGAGCCCAACCAAAAGCCCUAGAAACAGACCUGAAUCUCCUGGCGCCGUUAGUAGCUGGAGUAAGAAGGAGCAUGAGGGCACUACAUCGCCAGCUUGGAAUAUCGCUCAAUAUGGCUACCUGGGGGGCGCCAGUCAAGGUAACCUGGGUAUAUCAUUUGGUGGAAGGAGACAAAUCACCAAUGCCAGUCCCCGUGUACCGACCCUUGCUGAUAAAGAGCGCCGUCGAAAGGAAGAGGAAGAGCGUAUCCGCCUCGAAGUCGAGGAGGAAGAAAAGCAGCGAGCCGAGGAAGAGGAGCGUGCCAAAGUUGAAGAAGAACUAAAAUGGGAGGAAGAGACGGAGCAGAUGCGACAAAAGGAGCGAGAAGCGGCCGAAGAGGAGAAGCGACGUUGGGAGGAAGAGGAACGACAAUGGAAAUUGACGGAGGACCAAAGACGCAGGGAGGAAGAAGAGGCCGAAGCUCGAUUGGUUGCAGAGCGAAAGGCCCUGAAAACUCGUAACGACUCCAAACUUACAGGACAAUUCCUGAGUCAAUAUCGUGCUGAGCAAGGGGCGUCGCAGCAGGACGGCGCUUCAGAGGACGACUACAAGAACCGGGUUAAGCAGUUGGAGCAGGAGUUGGAACUCGCCCGACAGCGCGAAGCUGAGUAUGAGCGAGAGCGCCAGGAGCGAGCUCAACGUCAAGGCAGCGCUGAUCCAAGGCCUACUCCUAAACCGAAGCCCAAGUUGAUAUCGAGUCCCCCAACUCGCUCUGAUUCGUGGUCUAGGGACGAGCGAGAGGUCUUGCGUACUCGUUCUCCUUUCAACAGGGAGGCUGUGCAAGCCAGUACACCUCCCGUGCUGCCUUCCAGGUCACCCCGUCCUCUUCCAGACCCAACUGCUCUGCCCCAGGCCAAGUCAACAACACCGAGCAGCCGUCCUCUCCCCGACCCUGCCGCAUACGCAACCAAGCCCUCGCCUGCGUCUUCAACACGUACCGAUCGCUUUUUGUCGAGCAACCCUGCUCCUUCACCAGCACCGACCCAAACUACUUACUCUCGUGAGCUUGGUGCCACAGCCGAGCAAGAUGCCGAGGACCAGCGCCGUACUGAAAGCCAGAACAAAACCAAGGCUGGUGGCUGGGCAUCGAAAUCACUCCUGGAGCGCGAGAUGGAAAUGGAACGUCAGCGACAACGCGAGUGGGAAGAGGCACAGAAGGAGACUGCUGCGGCAGUGCGCUCUAACGAAGGCGUUGAGGGCAUCGGCGGCGGUAUUGGUGGUCGCUGGGAUGUCGGACAAUGGGCCGGUUAUACUGGUGGAGAUAGCCAGAACAAGGGAUCAAUAGGUAUUGGGGCUGGUCGCAGGCAAAUCGUAGGACCUCGACCGCUACCUGAGCAACCGAGGUAA